AUGGGUGUCUCAAAGACCGUUCUUUCCGAGGGCAGUGGAGCCGCGCCCAAGGUUGGUGACACAGUUACCAUCGAGUACACCGGCUUUAUCAAGGACACAAGCAAGCCGGAUAACAAGGGAAGCCAAUUCGACUCCUCUGUCGGCCGUGGUGCUUUCGUCGUAAAAAUUGGUGUCGGAAAGGUCAUCAAGGGUUGGGAUGAGGGUGUUACCACCAUGAAGGUUGGCGAGAAGGCCACACUGGACAUCACACCUGACUACGGCUAUGGUGACCGGUAUGUCUAUAAUUCUCGAGUUUCCCCUUCUACGUUUACUACACGAUUGUGGUUUCCCUGGGGCAAUUCCACCCAAUUCCUCCCUUAUCUUCGAUGUCGAGCUCCAGAAGAUCAGUUAGACACUUCAUUUGGAUACACUCUUCUUUUCUCUAGAAACCAG